AUGAGAGUCCCAUCAGGAGAGUCUCAUCAGGAGAGUCCCAAUCAGGAGAGUCUCAUCAGGAGAGUCUCAUCAGGAGAGUCUCAUCAGGAGAGUCCCAUUAGGAGAGUCUCAUCAGGAGAGUCCCCAUCAGGAGAGUCUGCAUCAGGAGAGUCCCCAUCAGGAGAGUCCCAUCAGGAGAGUCCAGGAGUCUCAUCAGGAGAGUCCCCAUCAGGAGAGUCCUCAUCAGGAGAGUCUCAUCAGGAGAGUCCCAUCAGGAGAGUCUCCAUCAGGAGAGUCUGCAUCAGGAGAGUCCCCAUCAGGAGAGUCCCAUUAGGAGAGUCCCAUCAGGAGAGUCCCCAUCAGGAGAGUCUCAUCAGGAGAGUCCCAUUAGGAGAGUCCCCAUCAGGAGAGUCCCAUCAGGAGAGUCUCAUCAGGAGAGUCCCCAUCAGGAGAGUCUGCAUCAGGAGAGUCCCCAUCAGGAGAGUCCCAUCAGGAGAGUCCAGGAGUCUCAUCAGGAGAGUCCCCAUCAGGAGAGUCCUCAUCAGGAGAGUCUCAUCAGGAGAGUCCCAUCAGGAGAGUCUCCAUCAGGAGAGUCUGCAUCAGGAGAGUCCCCAUCAGGAGAGUCCCAUUAGGAGAGUCCCAUCAGGAGAGUCCCCAUCAGGAGAGUCUCAUCAGGAGAGUCCCAUUAGGAGAGUCCCAUCAGGAGAGUCUCAUCAGGAGAGUCCCAUCAGGAGAGUCUCAUCAGGAGAGUCCCAUUAG